CUACUUUGCUAACCUCCGUCGAUCAAACCCUGGACUAUUCCCUUUUGUCAGAAGGAUCGUCUGCUAAAUUUAUUUGUCAUUUUUGCAAGAAAACUUUCUAUAAUGAGAACGCGUUACAGAAUCAUAAAAACAUGCAGCAUGAUAUUGAUGACUCUAGUAGUACCUCGUCUAUUAAUGUUGAGCAAAAGUCUAUAAACUUGAAGACAUCCUCCAAUGCAGUGAAUGUGUUAGGUGGUUUCAAAUUCAUACCUUUGUUUAAAUGCAAAGUGAAUGACCAGAUCACAGAAGAUGGGUUGAUCACUCGCACUAUGACGGAAGAUACGUCUUAUUUAUUAGUGAAGAUGGAUGGCGAUAUUUCUGACGCCAACGGAAACAAGAGGUUGGGAGGAUUGACGAAGAAAAGUCAGCUUAGAAACUUAAGUCAGCCUGUUAAUCUCAGAGGUCCAUUCGAAUGCACUUUCUCCUUGACUCUUCGCCCGGAUCUGCAAUGUCGAAAGAUUUUCUACAACUGCUGCGAAUAUUCUCUCCACUACCGUGAAGAACACACCAAGCGGCGCAAAGCUGCCCUCCGAUGCCAAGUUUGCGAGAAGAGACUAGACAGGUACAUUCCUGUAGGCCAUGCUCUAAUUGCUCAGCUACCUACACCUAACCCAGUAUCAUUUUUUUGUCGACUUUGUGGCCAAAUAUUCCUAGACCGUGUUAAGUAUGAGAAACACAACAUGAUAGUACACGCCAAGACAAAACCUCAUCAGUGUUCUAUCUGCUCUAAACGCUUUACGCAGCAAGGCGGCCUGCAACAACAUAUGCGGAUGCAUACAGGCAUUCGCCCUUACGCUUGUACAUUUUGUCCAAAAACUUUCACUCAAAAAGCUGGACUGGAUCAACAUCAUCGCACUCAUACGAAAGUGAAGCCCUUCAAAUGCGUAAUAUGCUCUAAAUCGUUCUCGCAGUCAGUUCAUCUUCGCCAGCACAUGCGCACGCACACUAACAUACAACCUUUCGAAUGUAACGUUUGUGGUCGAAGAUUUAAGCAGCGAAGUCAUCUUAAUUUUCAUUUGAGAUCUCAUAUGUCGGAUGCUGAGCCUGGAGCUUUAGUGGUAGAGCGCUACGCGCAGGUAGUGCGAGAACAGGAGCAGAUGGAAUUUUUGAGUCUCUCAAACUUGCAACCCGUACAGGACGGUGAAACUAUGUAUUACGCCGCGGAACUAGCGGCUGGAGGACCCUCUCAACCUAAUCAGUUCCCUUUUGAAACACAGCCUGCAGUAUCUGAAAACAUUUUGUCUCUAUAGUAUCGUAGUUUACAUACCUAAAUAAAGCAUAUUAAGUCACAAGAUAAUGUAUUUCGAAAAUUUCCUGUACUACAUUCGGUGUACAAUUUAUGUUUUGUGCAUAAGUGCAUUACUGUAAAUUUUGAAGUAGCGCUUACUCGCUUUGACCUGUAAAAUUUUGAAGCAGACAAAACUGAAACUCUUUUUUGUUCUUAGGCGAAUUUCCCACGGCGCGCCGCGCACUGCCGCGGAGAGCGGUGGAGGGCGCAGCGGUCCUGUCCACGCGGCGCACCGCUGCAGAAUCUGCCUCGCCGCUGCGCCUCAGCGGCUGCCGCCUCCGCGCUCCGCAGCGGUGCGCAGUGCCAUGCCGUGUGAAAGUCGCCUUAGGCCCUAUUCACAUGACGUUUUUUAUUCGCGCUUUGAACGCUCCUAAUACGCAAUGCAAUCGCAACAUGUAUACCUUUACACACUUCCUCGAAUUAAGUCGCGUCUUUUUAUCGCUACAUGAAUCGUGUCAUGAAUUCGUACAUAGUUACACUAUAAAAAAUGCGCGGGGUAAACUUAGUCAGGCAGGACGAUUUGAAAACGCCUUAAUAAACCCAAAAGACAUCAAGAUAUUUACAGCACGUUUCCAUUGAUGUGAAAUGAUAAUUAUUGGAAAGGUAGGCAGCCUACUGGCAGAAAACACGUUGUGUGCGUAGGCUCGAUAGUUCUUAGUAGUUAAUCAUCUUCUUGCUUGCAUAGUUAUAUAUAGUUCUAAU